GGGCACUUUACGCGUGCAGCGUGCUGUGUGUUUUACGCGUUGCGCAAGUUAACGUGUGUUCGGGAACACGGAGUUUCGCGGUGGUGUGACGUCACUCCUCCCCCUCCAGUACCUCGAGCUGCAGCUGCAGAUGUUCCAUGGCAGAGCAGCUCCCAGGCCACAGCUGGAAAACUCCCAGGUUCCAUUUAUCCUUUGUCACUGGGUCGCUGCUGGGAUCGAGCUGCUGCUGCUGGACACUGGAGCCACCAAGCAGUGACACGGGAGGAAGAAGCAGAAGCUGAUUGACGGAGGAAGAGGAGGAACAGGAAGGACGAUGGUUCCUUCAGGUCUAUUCAGAUCUUCAACCCGGCCAAUGGAAAACGUGCUCUACGUUUAGAGACAAGCAGAGGACAUCGAGCAGAGGAGUUCUGACCUCCAGCGCCCCCCUGUGUCCGAGGAAGAGAACACCGAUGCCAAUCUGCCUUGUGGUUAGCUGGAGCGAUGGCAGUCAACAAGGAGGAGAAGCCCAAAGAAGGCAGGAGCACCACUGGGGUCCCGACACCACCCGAGGGCGGCUGGGGCUGGAUGAUCGUUGCUGGUUGUUUCCUCGCCACCAUCUGCAUCCGGGCAGUGACCAGAUGUGUUUCUAUCUUCUUCGUGGAGUUCCAGCUGCACUUUGAGCAGGACUACUCCACCACCGCCUGGAUCCACAGUCUGAUCGACUGUACCACCAUGCUAUGUGCUCCUCUGGGCGGUUUCCUCGGGAGCCGAGUGUCCUGCAGAGCGACGGUGAUCCUGGGAGGUUUGCUGUCGGCCGCCGGGUUCGUCCUCAGCUCCUUCGCUUCCAGUCUGGAAUAUCUCUACUCGUCCCUGGGGAUCCUCACAGGUCUUGGCUUUGCUCUCAGCUACACACCAGCCAUAGCGAUGGUUGGGAGGUACUUCAAUGAGAGGAAAGCUCUGGCCUAUGGCAUCGCCCAGUCCGGUUGCGGCAUCGGGACCUUCAUCCUGGCUCCUGUCGUCCAACUGCUCAUUGAGCAAUACUCCUGGAGAGGAGCUCUGCUCAUCCUGGGAGGGUUUGUUGCCAACCUGUGUGUCGUGGGAGCUCUGAUGAAGCCGCUGGAGAUAAGAGGUGAAAGGAACUCCGAGAAGUUGACUAACUCAGAGCAAGACUGCCUGACAACAGUGCUGGACACAAAAGACACUGAGAAAGUUCCAGCUGACGGCCGCCAGGUGGAGCCAAAGCAGCUGGAAAUAAGCAACUUAAAGGAAACUCGACGGCUGCUCAUCUCCAACGGAGCGUUCAAAAACAUCAGACUGGAAAAUGACAAACCGACAGAUGUAAAGAUGGCUGAGUGCAUUUUAUUCAGCAACAAGCUAACGGAGACGGUGCUCGGGGAGAUCAAACGCUCGGAGGCCAAAUUAACAAAUGGAAGCACGAUUGAGGACAUGAAAUUAAUCGAAUCUAUGAUCUUGAGCAGUAAAGCUGACAAGACAGAUGUGAAGACAGAAGACUCAGAACUCUCUAAACCCAAACCGGAGGCCGUCAGCCCUCCUCCAGCGUUAGUGAACACGAACCCUUCAUCCAGGAGUCGCUGUUUCUGCCUCGAGUCCACCAAGGAGUAUGGAUUCCUUGUGAUGCCCGACUUCCUGAUUCUCUCGGUGUCCUUCCUGUUCCUGGCGUACGGCUGCAGCGCUCCAGUGGUUUACCUGGUCCCAUACGCCCUCAGUGUGGGGGUGGACCACCAGCACGCCGCCUUCCUCAUGUCCAUAUUUGGAGUCAGCGGCAUUGUGGGGAACAUCACCUUCGGAUGGGUCACAGACAGGAAGUGUCUGAAGAAGUAUCGCAUGCUGAGCUUCAUGGUGGCGCUCGGCUUUGAGGGCCUCUGCUGCAUGUUCGCCCCCCUGCUCCACUCCUUCUCGCUCCUCGCCCUGUUUGCCGUGCUCUACGGAUACUUUGACGGGGCGUACGUGGCGCUCAUCCCGGUGGUGACCUCCGACAUCGUGGGCUCCACCCAUCUCACCUCCGGCCUGGGUGUGGUCUACUUCCUGCACGCCAUCCCUUACCUGAUCAGCCCGCCGAUCGGAGGUUGGUUGGUCGACAGGACCGGUGACUACGCAGCGACCUUCCUCCUCAGCGGCGCUUGCUUCCUCCUCAGCUCCGCGGUCCUGAUCUCCACCAUGUUAGUCCGCCGCUGCCGCAGGUCCAAGUGUAGCUCAGCUGCUCAUUUAGAUCCGAAUGGCUGUGCCUCUGUCGCCGCUCAGCAGGGAAUCAUAUGAUGCACCUCACCUCUGCUGGACCAUGGGUUUACAAAGAAAGAACAGUCGUGGUGCUAUCUGGACGUGCAUCGUCUGUGGCUGGUGUGUCUGGGGCGUUGGAUCCGAGACCUCAGGUUCAGUGAGAACAGUUCCCAGAAGAACCAAAGAGGAACAACCUCAGCCCCGUUGUAAAGACUCUGCUGUUUGUUGUGACUGUGACACGCGAGGAUCAGGUUCUUUUUCAUCUUUGUUGUUCAAUGUGGAUUUUCUGUCCUGUGAAGAAAAAGGGCUCUCUUACGUCAUACAAGCCAAAUUCUGCAAAUUUAAAAAAAAAAGUUUUAAUAAUGUGAAGACGCACAAACUGUUCUCACCAAUUUUAUAUAGAUUAUACAUUUUAUUUAAACUUUUGAUUAUAAAGAGUUUCUUAUGUACUCAAAGGAUUAUGUCGAUGAAGAAAACAUUUUCAAAAACUCAACAAAACACUUCAGAGACACUUUCGUUGUGAAAGAACAUUGCACUGCCUACAGCAAUACAAUGAAAUGGUCCUUGAGCCGACAAGCCUAUAGAGAGUGAAGGACAAAUCAAGCUUAAAAACAACAUGUUAGUGAAAAAUGCACACUUACAUAUAACUUGAAUUUUAACUUGAAUUUUAAAUGUAACGUUCACCUUGCCUGUGAUGUGCCUUAAAUCUCCGUACCUUAACGCCAUUACGCACAAAAACUAAAAUGGAAACUUAUCCGAUGAAGUUAACAUGCUGAUGUUUGUGUAUCAGGAUGAUGUCGUCUCCCUCAGGCCGACACAUCAUCGUGUAAACUUAAGACAACCUGCGACUGUAACGCACAACCACAUAUUCCUGACAGCACUACUUACAAACCAACAAAAAAAUCUGUUGGGAAAUAACCAGUGAAACUACAGGAGUUUUUCAGGGAGGAGAAAGGAGUCGGACUUCCCUGACAUUUGAGAGGUGGAACAUAAAGGCUGCACUGCUGCUUGUAUUCAGCCGCUUCUGAUAAACCUGUAAGAUCAAUGCUGAAAAGGUAGUUUAAUGUACUUGGAAUUAGAUGAAACAUAUUCCUGGGAAAUAAUAGCACCUGUGAAAAAGGAAUGUGAACCUCUGCUUUACUCUGUGUCCAGCUUUGUGUUCGCUGAUCGGAUCACCACACUUCCACUGCCUGUAAAUAUAAUGUCCAUGCAAUAACUUUCUGACGGGUCAUGUAUAGAAAAUUCCAUAUAUCAAUGUUAAUGUUUAAAAUGUAUGUAAUUAUUUUUGAAUUGUUGGAAUGAGGAAUAGGAUCAGAGCUGUGGAGUCCGUCGGUUACAUGAUGUGGAAGCUAUGGAAACAAAAGUAUGAUUUUUUAAAAAUAAUAUUCAAGCAAAUUAUUCCUUCUGAUUCUCUCUGUUUGGUUCGAUUGUGUUGUUUGCUGUUCUUCUGUUUCUCUAUAGUUCUGUUCAAAUUGAUCUGUUCUGUUCUAUUCCCCUUCACCUGCCAGCCACUAGGGGGCAGUAGACUCAUGUUGGAUCAUCUCACACAUAGAAAAAACUUUUCUUUUCAAACCAAAUGUUGAAACAGAGGAAAAGUACUAGACUGUGAGAACGUGUCAAUGCUUGGAGAGAAAAACUGGGUUUAACUAGAAGGAAAUAAAAAUGUGUGUGAGCA